AUGAACUUAAAUUGUUUCGUCCUAGAUACUGGAGUUCUUUUCCCGAUCUCUUUAGGCGAAAAAGUUUCUGUUGAAAAAUAUGAGUACUCCAUAGAAUCGUUAUCUGUCGGUACCUUCAAGGAGUAUAUCUGGGAACGUAAAAAUAAUAUUCUUAAAGACCUUACUAAUGACGUUUCCAAACUGGAUCUUUGGCGUGUUAAUGUCGCAGAAGUUGUUAAUGUUUCUAACGAAGAUGAUAUUGUUCGAGAACUUAAAGGAGAUAAAAUGAAAGCUAAUUUUCUGCUUAGUGACUAUUUUAGUGUUAGUGAUCCACCUCCACAGAGGAAUAUCCAUAUCAUCAUACAUCGGCCCCCCACCACUGAUCAAGGGCUCACUAAUGUAUCUCGUUACAUUGCAAACCUUGGCUAUCUGCCUCGACAAGGUGGUCUUGGUGGUACGUUGCUACCUACUGAUCUGAAGGUGAAAUCUACUAACGAGGGUAUUAUUCUUACUGACCCUGACAUCAGCUUGAGGUUUGAUAUUAUACCUCCUUUAAUCCGUGAUCUUAUGAAGAAGCAAAUAAUACUUAUUCGGGCUCCUCCCUUCGCCGGCAAAACAUCGAUAGCCCGAAUUCUAGAGAAUUCUUUGGUUCAGUCGCCGGAACAUUCAAAUUGUAGGGUUAUACGAGUUUCGAUGAUUUGGGGAAUGUCCGCAGGGAUAGAAAACUGUUACGAAUCAUUCGGAGAACUAUGGAAGGAAAUGUUUGGUAUAGGUUGGAGUGAAUGGAUAGCACAAUGCAGACGUGUUAAAACGAUUUUGAUAAUAGAUGAGGCUCAAUUAAUCUACAAGGAAGAUCGAAAAAUCAACAAAAAGGAUAAAAAAACAGCAGAUCAAUUCUGGACAAUCGUUAAGGGACUCACGACUCCUGUCACAUUACCAGAUUCACAUUGCAAAAGUCUUAUUGACAUCAAGUUUACCCCGAACGAGUUAAGGAAUUAUGUUAUGAGAUUCUGUAACAGUUACUUUAAUUUAGAUCAACAAAGCAUCUUAAAUUUUUAUGCGUAUAUCCAAGAGAUAACAGACGGACACGCGGGUUUGGUUCGUCAUAUCUUGGUGACUACAGAAGAUGCAAUGAAUAAGCGAAUCGUUACUAAUCGCCUAACUUUUGAAGAUAUAUUUAAGUACUUGAAUUCAAAAAGUUUCAAUUCAUCUAUCUAUGCUAACUGCCGUGCUGUCCCAAAAGUUUCUUCACUUUCUGAUCCACAAAGAGGUAUAUGUAAAAAUAUUUACUUAAAUGAAGAAGUUGAGUACGAAGACUCUAAUGAUGAUAUGGUGUAUCUAGUCAAAUCUGGAAUCCUUAUUUUUAAGAAUAAUAGUAAUUUAACUUUUGCAGCACCUCUUCUUAAGCGGUUAUUUUUUCAGCAAAAUUACGGAUUUACCAAUAGUACUGAUACUACUCCUACAGAUUUGCAUCAUUUUAUCAAGAAGAUUUUCACAGCAAUGUGUAAUGAAAUAAGUGGAGACAUUUUAAGAAAUACGCUUGGAUUUGGAUCUGACGGAAGACUCCUGGAACAAACAUGGCAGAAGGAAUUUUAUAGAAUCGGUACACAGGUAUUGGGAAGGGAUCAUUUUUUGUCAUGUGAAGUAGGUUCAGUUUUUGGAUGUGAAGGAAAGAUAGAUUUCUAUGUGGACAAGUUAGAAUGGGCGAUAGAACUUUUGAGAGAUGGUGAAGAUAUGAAAGAACACAAAGCAAGAUUUGAACCUUCAGGGGAAUAUGAAGAGAUUGUAAAAUAUGCAAAGAGUAUAGCUAUUAUUGAUAUUCGCAGUAUAGGUAGACUUGAUACUCGCAUUGAAGCAAAGAAAGUUUGGGAAAAGAAGGAGGAUUUUAUAUAUGUGUCAUGCUCUAAAGAUUUUGAUGCAUUUAAGAUAGAGUGUUUGGGUAAAGAAACCGUAACUAUUAGUUUUCAGGAUUAG